AUGGUGCAUCUCAACCGUGUAGCUACAGACAACGAACUCAAUGAGGCCAAGAUCGCGACGGCCGUCGACAAUAUCCAGCUAGGUCCCGACGUCGGGCCUGAUGAGUACACAACGACGGUGUACGGGUCUCGAUAUGCGGCUGUCGAGCUUCCCCGCCAUGAGAUGCCCGAGAAGGAGAUGCCACCUCAGGUAGCAUAUCGAUUGAUCAAGGACGAUUUGACGCUUGACGGGACGCCGACGCUCAAUUUGGCGAGCUUCGUCACGACGUAUAUGGAGGAAGAGGCCGAGAAGCUGAUGGUUGACGCGUUCUCAAAGAACUUUAUUGACUACGAGGAAUACCCCGUGAGCGCCGACAUACAGAACCGCUGUGUAUCCAUGCUUGCGAGGCUCUUCAAUGCUCCUCUCCAUGACGAGAACUCCGCCGUCAUGGGCACCGGCACCAUAGGAAGCUCAGAGGCGAUCAUGCUCGCAGUCCUGGCCAUGAAGAGAAUCUGGAAAGAAAAACGCAAAGCCGAAGGCAAGCCCUACGACAACCCUAACAUCGUCAUGAACUCUGCCGUCCAGGUGUGCUGGGAGAAAGCAGCACGCUACUUUGAAGUAGAGGAGAAGUACGUAUAUUGUACUGACCAGCGUUUCGUGAUCGAUCCCAAGCAGGCGGUGGACCUCAUCGACGAGAACACCAUUGGUAUCUGCGCAAUCCUAGGAACCACUUAUACAGGAGAGUACGAGGAUAUCAAGGGCCUGAAUGACCUCCUCGUGGAGAGGAACAUUGAUUGCCCCAUCCACGUCGAUGCCGCUAGCGGCGGAUUUGUCGCUCCGUUCGUGAACCCAGGACUCGUUUGGGAUUUCCGUCUCCCGAAGGUCGUUUCGAUCAAUGUCUCGGGCCACAAGUAUGGCCUCGCGUAUCCCGGUGUCGGUUGGGUCGUCUGGAGGGAUCCGAAAUACCUGCCCAAGGAACUCAUCUUCAACAUCAACUAUCUCGGCGCCGACCAAGCCUCCUUUACUUUGAACUUCUCGCGAGGCGCGUCGCAAAUCAUCGGGCAAUACUAUCAAAUGAUCCGUCUCGGAAAGCGAGGAUACCGCCGCAUCAUGCUCAACCUCACCCGCACCGCCGACUACCUUGCCGCCAACCUCGAGGCAUUAGGCUUCAUCAUCCUCUCGCAAAGAAGCGGUGCCGGUCUUCCCCUCGUUGCUCUCCGCCUCGACGAAGACCUAGGCAAGCUAUACGACGAAUUCGCUAUCGCCCACCAGCUUCGCGAGCGCGGCUGGGUCGUCCCCGCCUACACCAUGGCGCCGCACUCGGAAAACAUGCGCCUGAUGCGCAUCGUCGUGCGCGAGGACUUCUCCAAGGCGCGCUGCGACGCGCUGAUCUCGGACUUCAAGCUGGCUUUGCAGACGCUGGAUGCCAUGGACGCGAAGAAGCUGAAGGAACAUAGCGAACAUCGACAUGCUAUGCACAUUCAACGGCGCGGAAGCAUCAUUGGGCGGUUGCAGAAGAUGAAGAAUCCGUUUAGCGAUGAGAAGCAUAGUCUGCAGGGGAAGACGGGGAAGACGCAUGCGAUUUGUUAG